GCUCAUCUCCAUCGUCUUUACGUCUUCAUCAACGGCAGCGCACCACGUCGUCGCCGAUCGCCGUCCGCCGACCGCUGACCGCCGACCGCUGACCGCCAACUGCCUCCGCCUCCGCUGCUACGCCUCCGCCGCCACCAUGCACUGUUUGCGGCACUUGGCCAUCCUCUCCGUCCUCGUCCCUUUCCCAUCUACAUCACCAUAUGUGCUCCUCCUCGUCGCUAUGGUCGCGUACAUGGCCGUCCGGCCGUGCGGGUAUUGUCUAGCUACGCUCGUCAUCGUCUUCUUCUCGACCUCGCCCUCUUCGCCCUUUCUCGCCGCCCUCUCGCCGGACCCCACCUCGUCUCCAUCCCCAUCUCCAAACACCGCCGCCGCCGCCGCCGCCGCCGCCGCCGCCGCCCCGCUCUCCUCCCCAAUCCCCGACCGCGGCGCCUUCUUUCUCAACGCAGGCUGGAUCUUUGACCCGGCUCUCGAAGGCUACCGCGCAAUGCAGCGUGUGUGGGACAAGCCCACCUGCACCUCCGCUUCGCAAUACCCGCCAACACCACCGGCUCUUCCCCUCCCGAAAUGGUACCAUGACCUGCGGGUCGGCGGGGUGGGGCUCGUCCUGGACUUUGGGUGGCGGCGGACGGAGGAGGGGUUGAGGUGGGAGCUGGCGCAGCAUAAGCGGGCAGCGGAGAUUGCGGGGUAUCGUGCUGCGGAGAGGGCGGGGGGGAUGGGGAGUGGAGGAGAGAGAGAGGAGGAGCGUCAGCGGCGCCAGGGCGAGCCCACGGUGUCAGGCUCGGGUGGUGGAGCGUGGAUGCGGUCGCCGUUUGUUGGGUCGUGGUAGAGGAUGUGCAUGGUAUUACAAUUGUCUAGUUGUCUAGCGACGAGGAGGAGAUGAGGAGGAGGAGGAGGAGGAGUCGGGAAGCGGGCCGAAUGGCGUGGUAUCUAGCCGGGGAGCAGCGGUGGCUCAUCCCGCUCAGGCGAUGCGGCGGAUUCGCCGGGCCGCUCUGAGAUUGUCCCCAGGCCGAGAGAGACAGAGACACAGAGACACAGAUGCAACGAGCAUGUACAGUACAGCAGGAGCAUGCACACGCUACUCUGCAGAU